CUUUUUUUCUCAUUCCUCUCUGUUUCAAGCUGUCCUUUGGAGGUACAAAAGACAAAAAUAAUCAUAAUCAUGGGAGAUAUAUUGAACAAUGAUCAAAUUGUUGAAUUGCAAGAAGCCUUCAGUCUAUUUGACAGAGAUGGAGAUGGUUGCAUAACGGUAGAAGAAUUAGCGACAGUAAUAAGGUCAUUGGAUCAAAAUCCAACAGAGGAAGAACUGCAGGAUAUGAUAACUGAAGUUGAUUCUGAUGGCAAUGGAACCAUUGAAUUCACUGAAUUCUUGAACCUUAUGGCCAAGAAAAUGAAGGAUACUGAUGCAGAGGAGGAACUUAAAGAGGCUUUCAAGGUGUUUGACAAAGAUCAAAAUGGUUACAUAUCCGCUAACGAGCUAAGGAAUGUGAUGAUCAAUCUAGGGGAGAAAUUAACAGAUGAAGAAGUUGAGCAGAUGAUUAGAGAAGCAGAUUUGGAUGGUGAUGGUCAAGUUAACUUUGAUGAAUUUGUUAAAAUGAUGAUGAAUGUUGGAUAGAAUUUAAUUAAUUAGAACCUCAAAAUCAUUAAUUAAUAUUCAUAAUUUCCUUCUUAAUUUUAUUCUUUUCUUAUCAAUCUCCAUGUUAUUGUUCUUCUAUUUUAGCAUUUGUUUAAUUUUUGUUGACUCAUCAAUGUAACAAACAAGAAAUUGUAGGAUGAUUUGACUAUUAUUAAUAUUAGUUUAUGAAAUUGUACUCUCUUUCUUUUAAGUUUGUAAGAAAAAAAAAUCAAUUUU